UCCUCACAUUCCAAUGUCUCCAUGAGACAGAAAUAACCUCCAGCGAAGACACUUUUUUUGUUCACUGAACCGUUUUGUAUUAAUCCGGAUUGAGAAGGAUUUGGAUAGCACAUUUCGUUUCGUUUUCACUCCUUUUUUUCUUUUCUUUUUUUGCACUGGCCAUUCAAGUACCUUAGCAACCGUUAUUUUUGUAACAUCCCUAUAUUCGGGAUUAUAUAUAUGUUUCUGGUAUUUACAUUCUGAUUUAUUUAUUUUUUUAUAGCCAUUUGAAAAGUUAAGCGUUGUUUUUGCGCAUAGUUUAUAUUUUUCCUGACCACAGUCGGAGUUAGUUUCGCUUUUUAGUAGUAAAUAUAAUAUAGUUAAGUAUCUAAAAUGACAGGUGUGACUUCUUUGGACGCAGUGAAGAGAAAGAUCCAGACUUUGCAGCAGCAGGCGGAUGACGCAGAAGAUCGAGCUCUGGUUCUACAGCGCGAGCUGGACAAUGAGCGCGAGCUCCGGGAAAAAGCUGAGGGUGAUGUGGCGGGUCUGAACCGCAGGAUUCAGCUGGUGGAGGAGGAACUGGAUCGUGCUCAGGAGAGGCUGGCAACUGCACUGCAGAAACUGGAAGAGGCGGAGAAAGCAGCAGACGAGAGCGAGAGAGGCAUGAAGGUAAUCGAGAACCGUGCCACGAAGGACGAGGAGAAGAUGGAGAUCCAGGAGAUGCAGCUGAAGGAGGCCAAACACAUCGCCGAGGAGGCUGACCGCAAAUACGAAGAGGUGGCCCGUAAACUGGUGAUUCUUGAGGGCGAGCUGGAGCGAGCUGAGGAGAGAGCCGAAGUCGCUGAAUGCAAAGCUAGUGAUUUGGAGGAGGAAUUGAAAAACGUUACCAACAACCUUAAAUCCCUAGAGGCUCAAGCAGAGAAAUACUCAGAAAAAGAAGACAAGUAUGAAGAGGAAAUUAAAGUUCUUAGUGACAAGCUGAAGGAGGCUGAGACCCGCGCAGAGUUUGCAGAGAGGACAGUGGCCAAACUGGAAAAAUCCAUCGAUGACCUGGAAGAAAAAUUAUCUACUGCAAAAGAAGAAAACCUCGGAAUGCAUCAAGUGCUGGAUCAGACGCUUCAGGAGCUCAACAGCUUAUAAGAGACACGAUGAGAGAGAACGACGUCCAUCUUGCAACAUUCCACAAAUACUUUGCUUCAUUCCAACUCGCAAAAUCUAUUGAGCCCUGUUUUCUCACAGAAUAGGUUAAUAAUUUAAUUUUUCAUCUGAGGUAUUUCUUUUGCGCUUUUAUACAAGUUAGCUCGAUAUCGCUAUUUGCUAAAAUAGCCAAACAUCCUGAGGUGCUAUAUCCCGAGUUUUCCCACUAAAACAUGGUUAUAAGUAGUUUAAUAAAUGCCAUACCGCAUGGAAAGUGAAUAUGUUAAUGUGCUGAGCAGAAAUUCCCUUGAAGUUUCGCUAUUAAUGUAUUCCGGUCAAAUGAAGACAUCAAUGAUGGUGCUUUCAUUGCAGUGUUGCUAUUGUGUACAUCAUGCGCGCCAUCUCCUGGCCACGUGAUGCACUGCAGUACAUUACUCCACUGAUACUUCUUUUUUGCUUUUUAUUUUUCUCAUAUAUUUUUUUUAAUACGAUGGUAUUUUUUACAUGCACACAGUACCAUGGCAUAUUUAAAAGUACCUGAAUAAUUUUGUGUAACCACAACAUAAAGCGGCCCAAACAAAGACCAAAGAAAUAUUAGCUCUUCCCUUUUUUUUUGUGUGAAUGCGUUGUUGCUUUUUUCUUGUCAAAUGAGUAUUUCAAAAUGCCUCAAAGUUUCUUUUCCACUUUCUGUGUAAUACAUUUUUAUAAAAAGCC